ACAAAACACUUACGGUGAGCUAGCGUUUCACAAGAACAUUACUUCUACUAAAUUACUCGAAUAGGAAAAGAAGCUGACUGGUCGAACCGGUAAGCAACCCGAAUAAAAAAAUUAAACUGUAGUGCAAUGUACGUUUGGGUUCCGCCAAUCAGCAUUCCGGACUCCAAACCCAAAUUCAAUUACAGUUAAAUUUAAUGUCAAAUCACUAAAAAGAAACAAACGGUAAACUUUUUAUUUUAUUUUAAGCAAGUUAAAUUUGAAAAAGUAAAAAAAAUUACCGUAUAUAGUAUUUGUGGGGAUAGAAGCGAAAAGAAUUCAAAAAGAUUUCAACAGUCUUUCUCUCUUCCCUCCAUUCCUCAAACGUCAAAAAAGCCUCUUCCAUCUUCCUCUGCGUAUUGCUCUCGAAAAUCAACAAUGGUGGUUCUGUACGAGGUUCAACCCGAUUCGAGAUCCGACAUCGAUACCGAGCUUCCGAUUCGGAGAACUAGCGCGAGAUUGAAGACGGUCGGAGCUAAAAAAUACACUGUUUCUCCAAGCCCUACUAAAAAAAGGAAAGCACCCGUUUCCAACAAAUCGGGUCGGGUAGAGAAGAUAAGAGCGAUCAAUACGGACUGCCUUGAUGAGUGUGCCGGAGCUGAAAACUCCGCUGCCGGUUCGGAUCCUUCUCAGAAGAGUGAUACGGGUCGGGUGGAGAAGAAACAAAGGAUUCGGAAGGUUCAGUUUAAGGAAGAUGCUGAGGUGGUUACCCAUGGAAGCGAGGCUGCUGUUGCUGAUUCAACCGCGUAUACGAAGGUUAUCGAGACUCUCCGUACUUUCAACAAGCACUAUCUCCAUUUUAUUCAGGAAGAAGAAAAUCGAUGUGCAAGGCAGAAAUCAGAGGAAAAAAAGAGCGUGAAAAAGGAUUCGAAAUCCAAGAAAAAGGAUAAAUCUGAAGAUUGUGCUAAAAAGUCUUCCAAGAGACCUGAUCUGAAGGCUAUAACAGAGAUGAUGAACACUGGAGCUAUUUUAUACACUGAGAAGAUAAUUGGAGCCUUUCCAGGUAUUGAUGUUGGUCAUCAGUUCUUUUCAAGGGCUGAGAUGGUUGUAGUUGGCUUUCACAACCACUGGCUAAAUGGAAUUGAUUAUAUUGGGAAAACUGCUAGUGCUGGUCGAAAAACAUCAAUGAAUUUGACGGGGUACAAUCUUCCUCUUGCCAUAUCUAUUGUCUUGUCUGGUCAAUAUGAGGAUGAUGUAGACAAUUGUGAGGACGUUGUGUACACUGGUCAAGGAGGAAAUGACUUGCUUGGAAAUAAACGUCAAAUCAGUGACCAAGUGUUGAAACGAGGCAAUUUGGGACUAAAGAACUGUAUGGAGCAAUCUGUGCCUAUAAGGGUAGUUCGUGGACAUAAAUGUGAAAACAGCUACGUCAAGAAGGUGUAUACUUAUGAUGGAUUAUACACGGUUGUUAAAUAUUGGGCUGAAAAGGGUGUGUCGGGGUUUACCGUUUACAAGUUUCGACUUAAGCGGGUCGAAGGGCAACCUUCUAUGACAACAAAAGAGGUCUGUUUUACUCGAGGUCGUAUUCCUAAAUCUAUAUCCGAGAUACGAGGGAUGGUGUGUGAAGAUAUAACUAGAGGCCUUGAGAGUAUUCCAAUCCCUGUUACUAAUUUGGUUGAUGAUCCUCCUAUUAUGCCGCCAGGGUUUAUCUAUAUCAAAGAUAUGAAGAUCAGCAAGAAUAUUAGUGUUCCUGAAAUUGCUCCCUCGGGAUGCAAAUGUAAGGGCACUUGCACAGAUCAUACAAGUUGUGCUUGUGCAAAGCUGAAUGGUGGUGAUUUCCCAUAUGUGCACCGCGAAGGUGGAAGAUUAGUUGCAGCUAAAGGAGUGGUGUUUGAAUGCGGUCCUAAUUGUGGGUGUGGACCUAAGUGCGUCAAUAGGACCUCCCAAAGCGGGCCUAGGUUUCGUUUGGAGAUUUUCCGUACACCAAAGAAAGGAUGGGGUGUAAGAUCUUGGGACUACAUACCUUCUGGUUCUCCCAUAUGUGAAUACAUUGGACUUCUGAGAAAAACUGAUGACCUGGACCCUGCUGCCGAUAACAGUUAUGUUUUUGACAUCGAUUGUUUGCAGACAAUGAAGGGAAUGGAUGGACGAGAGAGGCGGCUAAGGGACGUGUCUUUGCCUUCGUACUUGCAAAAAGUCGGUGAAGACGCAACAGAGAGUGUCCCAUUUUGCAUCGACGCUGGAAAAACGGGCAAUUUUGCAAGAUUCAUCAACCAUAGUUGUCAGCCUAAUCUUUUCGUCCAAUGCAUGCUGAACGAGCAUCAUGAUAUCAGUCUUGCAAGGAUAAUGCUAAUUGCUGCAGACAAUAUACCGCCACUCAAGGAGCUCACUUAUGACUACGGGUACGCACUGGAUAGCGUGAUGGAUGCUGAAGGGAACGUAAAGCAAAUGGCUUGUUAUUGUGGUGCAGAAGAGUGUAGAAAGCGGCUCUACUAGAGGUCCAUUGUUAUUCUUUCUUGAUUGCUCAUCAUAUCAUUAAACUUCCUCAUUAUUUUUUGCAAACAAUAUAUAUAUAUAUAUAUAUAUAUAUAUAUCCGGUGAUCUCCGAAGAGAUUUCUGCUGCUAAUUCAUCUUUUUGCAAGCGCACUGUGAUAGUUUCAAUUGUAGAUAGAAUUGGAUUUAGCGUUUUCCUUCUAAUCAACAAGCUUAUUUUGUUGAAAACUAUUCAUUUUAACCUUGGCCUGAAAUUUUGGUUUCGGGCCGAGCCAUUUUAACCUUUUGCCUGAAAUCUUUGGUUUCGGGCCGAACCAUUUUAAGCUUAUUUCUAUCCUUUGUUACCGACGGUUGCAUAA